AUGGUCUUUAAGGGCAUUGUCGAAUACGCAAGCAUCAACACUACAUAUGAGCAGGCGGAGGGAGGUUUGGAGUCUUCACACACCUGCGACCUGCUGGAGCCGGGGGCCAGGAGGAGGACUUUGCCGUUCGACUGGGGUCUGGAGUGUGGGGCCUCCCUGCUGCCGCGGAGUCUGGGCGGUCUUCUUCUCCCCACUGCAGGGAAAAGGGUUGGGUAUCAGACACCACCUCUCUUGGGACAUCUCAGGCCUUCAAGGUAUGGAGGCCUAUCUCCCCCACCACUUCCCCUGAUGGUGGCAGACGCCCUCAAACAUCAGUGCGUUGGUGGUUCUUUGUGUCCAGGGGUGGGCGUCCAGACUGCAGCAAUGGCUAACCAAGAGAUAAACAGAAGAGAAGAAUUUCUGAAAACUCAACAAGGGUUCAGAAAAAAUGCCUACAAGAUUAUCGAUGAGAUGAAUGGCUGGUCUAACAACACUGCAGGAAGUACACACUUAGUGGAUGAGAUUCUUCACAGCAUCUUGUUUUUGGGUAAAAUCAAUAAAACCCCCUUUUCCCCAAAUGAAAUCUUCUCUAGUGAUGAUAUUUUGCAAGCCUUAAUGGAAAAAUAUCCCAGACCUUUUCAGUUCUACCUGACUCAGCUUCCCAGAAGGAGUCCGUUCUCCUGUGUGCUCGACAUGAUUGUCCUGCGGGAAAAUCCAGAGAAUGAAGAGCAAAUAAAGCAGAGUCUGCGGGAACUCAUCAGCGACCUAGCUCCUCAAUUUCUGGUCUCCUCCAUCAUCUGCAUUUCUCAGAAAUCCAACACUGACCAAAGUUCAAAGAGGUACUAUGGAGUCUCCAUGUCCACCAAUGGUCCUAACCCAGGGAAAAUUGUGAUUGGUGCCUCCUGUCUUAACAACUGGGACGAAUAUGUAUCUGGUGCAGUGAUGACCUAUUACCCAAAUAAUAACGAGAAGAAAGCAUACUUUGAUGGAACCAUCGAAGUACCUGGAAACAUCAGGUGUGAGUCAUUUAGUCUCAGUCGUGAUGAACAAAUGAGCCCUUGUAAAUCAUGUCACAAUUUGUUUGGCUUGAACACAGAAGAAACCAAAAAGUGGGCUUAUGGUAACUGUGCUGAACCUGAGAGCCUGAGCAACUUGCUUAAAAAUGAGGAAGAAGUUAAAAAUGGCACAACUGUGCAUGACCGCUCAGCUGAAAACAGGCAGAGAGCUGAGGAAGAGGUUCGUCAGGAUCUUCAGGCAGUGUUGAGAAUGAUUCACUUUAACACCUGGAGUGGUGAAUUUUACAACCCAGAGUCAGAGUGA